AUGUCGAACUCUUUUCUCGAACAAGACCUUUAUUUUGCCAACUUGGCAAGAUCCAAGCUCGAGAAGGCCGCUGUAAACGGGCUGGGCCGUGACAUUAACUUGAGGGUUUUGGUCUGCCAUGCCAACUUCCUCGACAAGAUCCUCGAGGAUAUUGAUAUUUACAAGAUGACUCAACUUCAGCCUCAGAUCGUAUACCCCGUCUUCUACGAGACUCCCAAGGACAAUAUUAAACUCCAUAGUGAAAACAUUAUACAUCAUAUCGACGAAUUUUCCCAUUCUGAAGAAGCCAAGGACCAUACAGAUGACGAUGAUGAUGAUAACGACGACGACGACGAAGAUAGUGAUUUGGACGAUAUGGAUCCAUUUGAAGAUCAUUACAACGAGAACUUUUACACAUACACCCCUUUACAAAGAACCAAGUCGUGUGGCCCAGUCACCCCCACCCCUAUUAUCGAAGCAAGUUCUACAGCUCGUCUACCAUUAUUAACACCCAUUGCUAUCCGCACUUUGGCCCAUCACUAUUAA